AUGGUGGAUCAUCAUGUGCCCUCCACUGCAUGCAGCCGCUCGUGUUCAUUAACUUGGCAUGGUGAUGAAAUCCUCUCCCGCUCUCAAAUUGAGUUGAACUCGCUCAUUUGGGGCGUGCAGUUUGAUCGUCAUACUUUGUCCCAAUCAUCGCGAGUGGCGCAGUUUCGACCAGCAGAUUUCGUCUGGCCGAUCGCGCAGUUCGACCGUCUCCGCUUUGUCCCAAUCACUCGAGUGGUGCAGGGUCUGACCGUCUCCGCUGUUCCCAAACACUCGAGUGGUGUAGGUUUCACCGACGCAUUUCUAGUGCCGAUCGCGCAGUUCGAUCGUCUCUGCUUUUGUCCCAAACACCGAGUGGUGCGAAUCCAAGAGUUGGCGAGAGAAAACGCAGCGGGAUUGAAAUGGCAUCCUCCUACCUAUGCGCUCGGGUUCCUCCGCUGCAACCCUGCUCCUCUCCUUCCUUCACUCGCCCAACCUCUUUUCUCCUUCACCUCUCUAACCCUGCCCCAUCUUCUCCCCCCCUCCACGUCUCUACUCCCAUCUCCAUCUCCAUCUCCAUCUCCAUCUCCUCUCUUAGAUGGCACCAACAAUGGCGGGAGCAAUCGCAACAACAACAACAACAACAACAAUGGUUGGCUGUGGUCGUGGUGGAAUCCUGAUGACUGGUGGAAUCCUGAAGAAGAAGAAGAAGAAGAAGAAGAAGAAUCUUCGCUAUUUCCGUCAUCAGCGACGCUGCUCACCUUCCUUUGUUUGCUCUAUAUCUCGAUCAUCCCAGCACCGGCCCUAGCUAGGGCUAUUUGGGAGGUGAAGGGUGGCAAGUGGACAAGACUCGUCCCGGAUCCUUCUGGCUCCGAUUUCUUGGUUGUCGAAAACGAUGGCAGCCAUUCUUCGUCCUACUUGGCUCUCCAGGCCUGGUGGCGGAGUUGUUGUGAGGUUGUCUCGAGGCUGUUGCUGCCCGAAGGGUAUCCCCGCAGCGUCAGCGACGACUACCUCGAAUACUCUCUAUGGAGGGGCGUUCAGGGAGUCGCCAGCCAAGUCAGUGGCGUUCUCUCCACCCAGGCUCUUCUUUAUGCUGUUGGAUUGGGAAAAGGAGCAAUUCCAACAGCAGCCGCUGUCAAUUGGGUGCUCAAGGAUGGAAUUGGGUAUCUCAGCAAGAUAAUGUUGUCAAAAUUUGGUCGUCAUUUUGAUGUUAAUCCUAAGGGAUGGAGGCUGCUCGCAGAUCUUCUCGAAAAUGUAGCUUACGGGCUUGAGAUCUUGACUCCUGCUUUUCCUCAUCUGUUUGUUUUCAUUGGAGCUGCAGCCGGUGCUGGUCGGUCUGCAUCGUCUCUGAUUCAGGCUGCUACAAGGAGCUGUUUUUAUGCAGGCUUUGCAGUGCAGAGGAAUUUUGCAGAGGUUAUUGCAAAAGGUGAAGCUCAAGGAAUGAUUAGCAAGUUCCUUGGAAUAAUGCUUGGAAUAGCCUUAGCUAAUUAUAUCGGUUCCUCUGUACCAUUAGCUAUGGCUUCCUUUGUAGCAGUCUCUGGAAUUCACAUGUACUGCAAUUUUAAAUCCUAUCAGUCAAUUCAAUUGAGGACACUAAAUCCAUAUCGUGCAAGUUUGGUUUUCAGCGAAUAUUUAUUGACCGGGCAGGUUCCUUUGAUCAAAGAAGUUAAUGAUGAAGAACCACUCUUCCCAGCUUUUGCUGCUUUUUAACAUUGCUCACACAAUGGACAAUCGCAAAUUCUUUCUUCAGAAGCAAAAGAUGCUGCUUCUGAGAUUUGCCGCAGGCUGCAACUUGGUUGCAAGCUCAGUGAAGUUGUUAACAACAAAGAGGAUUUUUUUGCUAUGUUUGAUCUGUUCAAAGAUGAAGGGUAUCUUCUUGCAGUGAAGAAAGGAAAAUUUUGUGUGAUGCUCAAGGAAAGUUCCUCUCCAUUAGACAUGAUCAAAUCUUUGUUUCACGUCAGUUAUCUGUAUUGGCUAGAAAGAAAUAUGUGGUUUGAAUCAAGAGGCAUUGCAGAUGAAUGCCGUCCCGGUGGUAGGUUGGAGAUAUCCUUAGAUUAUGUGAGAAGGGAAUUCAAUCACAUCCAACGAGAUGGCUCCGAACGUGGCUGGGCUACGGAUGGGUUAAUCGCAAGGCCACUACCAAACAGGAUACGCUUGGGCCAUGCUACAACAAUGAAAACAAUCUGACAAUAUAUUCAGCUCUCU